AUGAUUACCCGUUUGAUUUUUGGUUUGCUGUGCAUCGUCAGGCUGAGUUCGGCGGUGACUCAAGCGGAUAUUCAAAGUUACCUGAAAAAUCAUCUUUCUUCUGGUUCAGAAGUCCUCCUCCCUAGCGACCCAUCGUAUAGCACUGAGCUUAGAGAGAGAUGGAAUGCGUUCAGGGCGCCCACCUACGUUGUGGGUGUUAAACCCACUACCGCGGAAGAUAUUUCGAUUAUCAUCCGUUAUGCCUCUACGAACAGCAUCCCGUUCAUGGGUACAGGGGGUGGUCAUGGCUACACUGUGACCACCAGUGCUCUACAGAAUGGAAUCAACAUAGACCUCAGUGCCUUUGAUCGCGUCUCUAUAGAUGCUACAACAAGCACAUUGACUAUAGGCGGAGGAGUCACCUUUGGAGAUGUCUUGGACCCUGUUCAUGCGGCUGGAAAAGAGAUCCAGACCGGAUCUUGUUCAUGUGUUGGCAUGGUUGGUGCGACCCUAGGUGGCGGUAUUGGCGUCUAUCAAGGCCUUCACGGCUUGAUAAUAGACGCGCUGGAGUCAGUCACCGUCGUCACCGGAAAGGGUGACAUUGUCAAUGCAUCGCAAUCUGAGAAUAGCGAUUUAUUCUGGGGCAUCCGGGGCGCUGGACAGAACUUUGGCAUCGUAAGCUCUGCCACCUACAAGCUACACGAUCAAACCAAUGGUGGAUUUGCCUUGAACGGUGACUUUCUUUUCCCGCUCAGCGAGAAUGCGACCAUCUUCAAUAUUCUGGCAUCGUUUGCUGGGAACCAGCCGGACGCUUUAUCUCUUACCAGCGCCAUACAAUAUUCGGACACUUUCAAAACGGUUGUCAUAAUGGUUAACGCUGUAUUCGUCGGCGUAGAGAAAGACGGAAGAAAGAUCCUCGAGCCAUUGCUCUCAACUACACCACUAGAGUCCAAUGUGACCAUGAUUCCAUACAACCGCCUUAUACGAGAGAACCGUUUCGGAGCGGACCCCCUCGGCUGCAUUGCAGGCCUUCCUCAAGCGUCUUACGGCCUCAACUUGUAUCAUUUUGAUGUUGCGACCUAUCAGAAGACUCUUGCUGCGUACGUAAAAUUCUACGCCGCAACUGGGCUGACAACAUCGUUCAUGGUGACAGAGUUGUUCCCAACCAGGGUGAGCUUGGAGACACCCAACAUUAUGACAGCUUAUCCUUACCGUGACACGACAGCAUACUUGCAAGUACCACCUGCAAUGUUCUUCAGCUUUAGUGGCUUCACGACUGAUGCUCAAACUUCUUAUAUCACAAGUUUUGCUGAAGAGAGGCGUGCAGAGUUUACGAAGCUUAACAGCGGGAAGGGUUUGCAAGUCUACGUUAAUUACGCGCAUGGUAAUGAAGGCCGCAUUGCCUGGUAUACUGCAGAGAAGCUCCCAAAGCUGGAAUAUCUCAAGAAACAGUGGGAUCCGCAAAAUCUAUUCAACUUCACAAACGGUAUUACUUAUUAA